AUGGUAAAGACAUUUCAAGUGUAUUUAGGAGCACAAGGAGGUAGUUCAACUCGAAGCAACAGUAGCAAUAGUAGUUGCAGUAACGGCAGCGACAGUGAUGACCGUACAUAUAGCUGUGUGCAUUGUCGUGCCCAUCUUGCACGUCAUCAGGACCUUAUAUCUAAAUCAUUUCAAGGAAGCCAAGGUCGUGCUUACUUGUUCGAUACAGUCGUCAACGUGUCUUGUGGGAAACCCGAAGAAAGGCUUUUACUCACUGGUCUUCACUCUGUAGCAGAUAUCUUCUGUGAUUGUUGUCAUACUGUCUUAGGCUGGAAAUAUGAACAGGCCUUUGAAUCUAGUCAAAAUAUAAAGAAGGCAAAUAUAUUAUCGAGUUAG